AUGCAGUGGGUUGAUGCAUAUAUUGCUGAUGCAUUCACAGUCGAUAUGUCAACGACUCAAAAAAGUGAAGGCGUGAAUAAUCACUUUAAGAUAUACUUAACUCCCACAACAAGCUUGCACUCUUUGUUGGAAAUUACUCAAAAAGUACAUGAAAAGAAGCUUUACAAAAUGAGGGAGAUUGACUUACAGAACAUCAAUUAUACUCUUAUUUUGAGGACCUCUACCUUCAUAGAGGCGCAAGUUUUGAAGAUCUAUACACACAAAAUGAUGAAGUUUUUUGGGAAAGAAGUUGCAGAUUCCACAAAUUACAAGAUUGAAGCCAUUGAAGACAACAACACUAUUGCCACCUGUAAGGUGACAAAACCUGGAAGUAGAACAAGGGUAUUUGUUGUGGAAUUCAAAAAUCAUAAUCAAAUUGCUUCUUGUACUUGCCACUUGUAUGAUAAGUUAGGAAGUCUUUGCAAGCAUGUGCUUGGAAUCUUUUCGGUGGAUAAUAUUUUUGAGAUCCUAUCACAUUUCAUAAUGAAUCGAUGGAAAAAGGAUGUGUUGAAAGGGGCUGUAGUUGAUGAAAGAGAGAAUGCCUCAGAAAGUGUCGAACUCUAUGAAUUGAUAAUGUCUGAUUUUCCUGCUACAUGUGCAAAAGGUGAUGCCAAUAUUGCGAGUAUAGUAGAUUCAAGUGAUGUUAAUAAGAACCCCAGUAGCAGCAUAAGAAAUGAGGGUUGCCCUCUUCAAAAUAUCCUUGAGCCCCCAUUGGCACGAACAAAGGGACGACCUUGUUGUACAAGAUAUAAAUCUCGGUCUGAGGUAGAGUCAGAGGAAGCUAAGGCAAAAGAAAAUGAUGGUAUUAGAAAGUGUGCAGAAGUAGAGAUGGAAGUGUUGUAUUGUUUGACAUUUUUGCUGUCUAUCAUUCAUAAUAAUUUACAGUAUGCAGCUCUUAGUGCAUUGAGGAGACUCCCAUUGGAUCCGGGGAAUCCGACAUUCCUUCAUCGAGCCAUUCAGGGGCUUACCUUCUUGGCUUCAGGGAGUGGAGUUUCAAUGACUCGCAUAGCGGCCUCUUUGAAUCUGGUUAUAAACAGGGAAGGGGACUCUCCCGACUUCUGUUUGGUGGAGCGGGUUGCCCUAAGGACUGAGCCUGAGGAAUGUGUUGAACUUGAUGUGCUGGUUGUCAGCUUGUAG